AUGUUGCGGAGGUUUUCUACUCAAUUCAAGAAGUCGAAGGACUCAAAAGCCGAAGGUGAGCCGAAGCAGAAUGGCACCAAGGCCGGCAAGCGCCAGUCCAAGAUGAUGUCGUCCUCGCCGCCUCCGACGCGCAAGUCUACGGAAGAGAACUGGGAGCGCAGCAAAAGGGGCGCCAACGAGGCCACCAACCCCUUUGAAAAAUACUCCCAGGUGCUGCAUGCUUCGAAAACCCCAUUGCCCGGCCAGACUUCGGAUGGCAGCAACGAGGGUUCACCCGGGUUGAUGGCGGAUUUGAAGACCAUGGGCCUUAAGGACAUUGGCACAUUGAAGGAUAUGGUCUCAAACAUGGCCAGGGGCGAGAAAAUACCUGACAAAACUAUGCUUAUGGAGCGCAUUAUCCAGGUUGUUUCUAGUCUGCCUGCCCAUUCCAAGGCCCGGUCCGAGCUCACCAACCAAUUUUUGGAUCAACUUUGGGGGUCGCUGCCACACCCCCCUCUCUCUUAUAUGGGAGAUGAGUAUGCCUACCGUAGCGCGGACGGCUCUAACAACAACCCCACGCUUCCUUGGUUGGGUGCUGCCAACACACCCUAUGCUCGCUCCAUCCAGCCGAUGACGAUUCAGCCCGGCGGCUUGCCGGACGCUGGUCUCAUCUUCGAUUGCCUCUUCGCCCGUGAAAAGUUUAAGCCAAACCCCAACAACGUUUCCAGUUUAUUCUUCAACUGGGCUUCCCUAAUCAUCCACGAUAUCUUCCAAACUGACUACAGGGCCCCCCACAUGAAUAAGACGUCCGGAUAUUUGGAUCUUUCUAUUCUGUAUGGUGAUGUACGGAAGGAACAAGACCUUGUCCGGACCCACAAGGAUGGAAAGCUCAAGGCCGAUUCCUUCUCUGAGCCUCGUUUGCAGGCUUUCCCUGCUGCGUGCUGUGUUCUCCUGGUCAUGCUCAACCGCUUCCACAACUACGUGGUUGAGCAACUGGCGGUGGUCAAUGAAAAUGGGCGCUUUAACAAGCCCGCCGCGCACCUUUCGGAAGAAGAUGCUCAAAAGGCUUGGGCCAAGUACGAUGAAGAUCUGUUUCAGACUGGGCGACUUAUCACUUGUGGUCUUUACAUCAACAUCACCCUCUACGAUUAUCUCCGCACCAUCGUCAACCUGAACAGAGUUAAUAGCACCUGGUGCUUGGACCCCCGAGCUCAGAUGGAGGGCAAUGACACCACCCCGUCCGGACUCGGCAACCAAUGCUCCGUAGAAUUCAACCUGGCCUACCGCUGGCACUCGGCCAUCAGUGCCAACGAUGAGAAGUACACCGAGAAGAUCUACGAGGAGCUCAUGGGCAAGCCCGCUGAGGAAGUCUCUAUUCCCGAGCUGCUGAUGGGCCUCGGAAAGUAUGAGAAGGGCCUAAACCCGGACCCUUCCAAGCGCACUUUUGCCCACCUUGAGCGCCAGGAGGAUGGAACCUUCAAGGACGAGGAUCUCGUGAACAUUCUGUCUAAUGCAGUUGAGGACGUUGCCGUAGGCUCGUUCGGCGCGAAGAACGUCCCCAAAGCUCUUCGGGCUAUGGAGAUCCUCGGUAUUGAACAGGGUCGUCGCUGGAAUGUUGGCUCGCUCAACGAGUUCCGUAAGUUUUUCGACUUGAAACCCUACGAAUCAUUCGAGGAGAUCAACUCCGACCCGGAGAUCGCCGAGUCGCUCCGCAAUCUCUACGAUCAUCCCGAUUACGUCGAAUUGUACCCUGGCAUUGUUUCCGAGGAAGCAAAGCAGCCAAUGAUCCCUGGUGUCGGCAUUGCUCCCACUUACACAAUCUCUCGUGCCGUCCUCUCGGACGCUGUGGCCCUUGUCCGUGGUGACCGUCACUACACUAUUGACUACAAUCCUCGCAACUUAACCAACUGGGGCUACAACGAAUCUCGCUACGAUCUCAACAUCAAUCAAGGAUGUGUUUUCUACAAGCUCGCGAUGAGAGCCUUCCCGAACUGGUACAAGUCAGACUCCAUUUACGCUCACUACCCCAUGACCAUCCCCAGUGAGAACAGAAAGAUCAUGCAGCACUUGGACCGAGAAAAGGACUAUUCGUACGAUCGUCCCAGCUUUACGCCCCCUCAUGCUACUUUGGUGUCCUAUCCCAACGUGAAGAAAUCCUUGGAGAACCCCAAGGACUUCCGCGUUGUUUGGGGUGGCCUUACGUCGCUCACUUCCGGCGGAGGCGAUGGUGACUUUUGGAGCAAGAACCUGGACAACGACCAGUGGAGGAAAAACAUCAAGGACUUCUACGAAGCCAUCACUGUCAAGUUGUUGCAGGAUAAGACUGGCAGACUUGGUAGCAUCAAGCAGGUUGACAUAAUUCGGGAUGUCGGCAACCUGGCCCCUGUGCACUUUGCCUCCAAGCUCUUUUCGCUUCCUCUCAAGGCGGGGGAUAAUUCUCGCGGUGUCUUUACCGAGCACGAGAUGUUCAAGAUUAUGGCGGUUGUCUUCAACAGCGUCUUCUUUGACAUCGACCCGGCCAAGUCUUUCCAGCUGCAUAAAGCCGCACAAGCAGUCUCCGAGCCGCUCGGUAGUAUAAUCGAGGGCCAUGUCAAGUCAAUCAGCUCCCCUGGGUUCCUCUCGCGGUUUAUCGACAGCUUCAGCGAUGGUCACAAUGCUCUCAAGGAGUACGGUGACCAGCUGAUCAAGAAGCUGUUGGACAGCGGCCUUGAUGUCUCGGAAGUGACCUGGUCGCAUGUUUUCCCCGCUGCUGUGGCGAUGUCGCACAACCAGUCUCAGAUGUUCACCCAAAUCAUCGACUACUACCUCUCCGACGAGGGCAAGAAACACCUCCCCGAGAUCAACCGCCUAUCCAAGGACGACACCAAGGAAGCGGACGAGAAGCUGAUGCGCUACUGCUUGGAAGCCUUCCGCCUCAACGGAACCUUUGGCUCGUUCCGCGAAGCAGAGGCAGACAUGACCCUCAACGACGAGAGCGGCCCAAUCAACAUUAGAAAGGGCGAAAAGAUCUUCGUUGGCGCUGUCAAAGCCAACCGUGACCCCAACGUGUUCCCCGACCCUAGCGAAGUCCGUUUGGACCGUCCCAUGGACUCGUACAUCCAGUACGGUCUCGGCCCGCACACCGGCCUAGGCAAGGAAGCCAGCCUGCUCGCCCUGACAGCCAUGCUGCGCGUCGUCGGCCGUCUGCAGAACAUCCGCCGCGCCCCUGGCCGCCAGGGUGUCUUCAAGAAGAUCCCGCGCGAGGGCGGCUACUACCUGUAUAUGCGCGAGGACUGGGGCAGCUAUUCCCCGUUUGCGACGACCUUCAAAAUCCACUACGACGGGGAUGUCCCUGCGCCUAAGAAGAAGAUCGCUUCGUAAAAACAAAACAACAAACAAACAUGACGAGCGUUUACUCUUCUAAUUGAUGAUGAAACUGCUGGGCUAAAACUGACUGCUGCUUAUUGAGAUAUCCUGCUUGCUUAUUUACGUCGUUGGAUUAUUCAUCCUGUUUUACUUGCGCGUCUUUUGGAGAUCACCCACCCACCAGAGAGCAGAUUGGUAGUACAUCGUCGUCUUCUGGUGGUGAGUUCGUGGGUAUUGAUUGACUGAUAGUUUAAUUUAUAAUUUGGUGCUGCUUACGUGUAGUGAUAAUGGAUGAUGUAUCUGUCUUUUAUAGGAUCAUGUUUUUGUUUGCUUAAUUCAUCUUCAUUUGUUGGCCCCCGGAGAUUACCAUCUGUUCUGUAUAUU